AGUAAAAAUCGAAAGGAGGGAUUCGAUACUAAAAGUACUCGGUAUCAAAACAAAAAUAUCGAGUACAUACUCGUAUUUAUCAAUUCAUCCCUACGUAAACAUUGCGAUGUAAAUUUUAUUAAUUUUAAAAGAAAUAUGGCACUACGAAAACCAAUUUUAAAAUUAAUAACAACUCGGAGACCAUUGCAAUGCAUCUCCAGGGUCCGCGCGUAUAACACCCAAGAGCGAGAGUCGCCGUCAGUGGCGGCUACGCGCGAGAGACCUAAACAGACGCAUUUCGGAUUUCAGACUGUCCACGAAGAGGAAAAAUGGAAGAAAGUACAUGAUGUGUUCGAGACGGUGGCAGAGAAGUAUGACGUGAUGAACGACGCUAUGUCGUUUGGCAUCCACCGCGUGUGGAAAGACUUCUUCAUGCAGCGCCUGGCGCCUACGCAUGGCACGCGCCUCAUCGAUGUUGCCGGCGGCACUGGCGACAUAUCGUUCAGGUACGUCAACUACCUACGGAAUUUGGGCGCCGCGCCGGAGGGCAAGCGUAGCAGCGUCACCGUGUGCGAUAUUAACCAGGCCAUGCUCGACGUCGGCAAGGCACGAGCGAACAAACAUGGAUUAACUUCGGAGAAGACUGGUGUUGACAUGAACUGGUUGUGCAGUGACGCCGAGAAGCUCUCGGUGCCCGAUGAAACGUACACCGCCUACACCAUCGCGUUCGGCGUUCGCAACUGCACACAUGUUGACAAGGUGCUAGAGGAAGCGUACCGCGUGUUGAUGCCGGGCGGUCGCUUCAUGUGUCUGGAGUUCAGUCAGCUGCCCAACGACACGUUACAGUGGUUGUACGAUCAGUAUUCGUUUCAAGUGAUUCCUGUGUUGGGACAACUGAUAGCGGGACAGUGGAAACCUUACCAGUAUUUAGUGGAGAGCAUCAGACAAUUCCCAAAUCAGGAGAAAUUCAAGACGAUGAUUGAAGAUGCAGGAUUCAGACAAGUAACUUAUGAAAAUCUGACGUUCGGUGUGUGUGCGAUACAUUCAGGGUUUAAGAUUUGACCAGUCCUUCUUAUAUAUACUUUGAGCUAGUUUUGAUUUUGAUUUUUGAUGAUGAUUUUGUUUAGAGUGAGUUAGUAUAGAUACUUAGUGGUGCAAUUGAUAGUAGAAUAAAUAAAACAAUUGAUAUAUUCA